AUUAUAAUUUAUAAGUUUAUAACACUAACAGUUGCACAUACUCAUUGAUUUAAUAAGUAUACAUUAAACAAAUAAAAAAUGAUUUAUUUCCAGAUUAACAAGAAACUCCUGUUGAUGAAAAUGCAUUAUUUUGUGGGAAUUGGUGGUUAUGCUCCACUUAUUCCAUUUCUGUCGACGAUGGCUAAACAACGUGGCUAUUCGUCAUUCAUUGUUGGUUUCAUUUUUGCAGUAAUGCCGAUUCCAGGGUUGUUAGCUAAAUUGACUUUUGGUAUGAUUACUGAUAAAUUCAAUUGUCGCCGGAUGGUAUUUGUUUUAAGUGUAUUUAUAACGUCAAUAUUGGUGUUUAUAAUGUUAAUUAUACCUGAUACAAAUACCAAUGAAGAAAUCGAUGAUGUGGAUGCGAUUAGGUCACCCUUAUUUUGGUUAUUUUGGAUUACGAUUACUUUAUUCUCAGCGACGGCUAUGGUGAAAAAUGUUUUGGAGGAUACAAUUUGUAUGAGUCUAUUAGGUGAAAACAAACAUAAAUACGGAGAACAAAGAUUGUGGGGAUCCAUUGGUUAUAGUUUAUUAGCUAUUGUUUCUGGUGUAUGUGUAGACUGGUAUAGCAAAGAACAAGAUUACAAAAAUUAUACACCUUGUUUUGUAAUUUCAUUGAUAUGUUUUAUUUUGGAUAUAAUUGUGGUGUCAACAAUCAAGGCAAUUUUUUCAGUCAAAUUUUAUUUUAAUAAAUUGCUUAUUACGUGUUAAUAAUCAUACAUAGUCUUAGUUUACAGGUUGUACAACAAAGCCCAUACAACAAAAAGGUGUCAUCAGAUGUCAAAAAAUUACUGACUGAAGUUAGAAUUUUAGCCUUUCUCGUUUGGAUUGUGUUAUUUGGAUUUUUUAUUUCAUUCAUAUGGAACUUUUU